UCCAUAACUUUUUGUUUACGUUGAAGACGACGCCGAGGCCGAGUUGGAUUGGAGCGUGGAAGAAGUUUGUUUUAUAAAUUAGUGUUUAUGGGAAACAGUUUUGUGUAAAUGUUAAGGUAGUUGUGCCUCCAAUUGAAACUUGGGAUAAGUUUGUGUAAACUAGUAUUUACUUCUAAUUUUGAAGUAGCAUUGAAUACCAUUUCUCAUUGGUUAGUUAUAACCAAUUAUCUUAUAAGGUACAUGCCCGUAUAUGUAAGCGAAUUCUUUUGUUUGGCUAAUUCAAUUGGACAUGGCUAAUACAAGUGAGAUGUCGGACCCCUCUGUGGAGAAUAGCAUAAAUGGACAGAAAAUAACUUGCCAUCUAGUGAGCUUACCAAGAAUUGUGCUAACAAGAAUUGAUGAAACACUCGACAUUACAAAGAAAGCUAGUCCUCUGAAGAAAACACCAUUGAAACGAUUAGGAACUCAGAACAAAACAAAACAGGUAAACUCGAAACAGAUGUCUGGUAAAAAUGCUGCAAGCAACAAAGGCAAACUUACAAAGAAUCCGGUUCGAUCAAAGAAGAAGCAACCUCCUUUAGGAGUAAAAUUAGCCAAAAUUCACAAGAAGACUCUAUUGAAUAAAGAUACAACUACGUUAAAAAAAACAGCAAGGACCGUUGGCAGAGGUGAAAGCGAAACGAAAACGUUACUCAAGAAAACUAUGUUACAAAAAAGAAGUAAAGUCUCAAUUCCUCCUGUCAAAAAGUCAAAAUUGUCCUCACCAAAAGCUAAGAAAGCUGUGCCAUUAAAGCCAAAGACACAAGUCACACCUAACAAAAAAGUUAACACGCCAACACUGAAACCGACAAAAGAAAAGUUUCGUAACAUUAACAUUGAUUUGCAACAAAUAGAUAAAACUUUAGACUCUGAUACAUCAGAAGAUGAGUUUUUAUACGAUGAACUUAUAGAAGAAUUGGAGAACGUACCGAUAAAACAGCCUGAACAUUUACAGCUUCCUUCGGAAAAGACUACAAACAUAACUCUUAAGCCGAAUGUAGGAAAUAAACCUCCUACAAUAGUUAAGGGUGGAAUCGUAAAGAAGACUAAUUUGCCAGCUGAUCUAAAACCUAUUGCCCCUUCAAAUACAGUCAGUCCAAUCAAACAAUCAAUCAAUUCUAUCGAAGGAAGCGAUCCUUCCAAGCCCAUUCUUGGUAGAAAGAAGAAAUCCGUGCCGGGGAAAAACAAGCAACAAAACUCAUCUGGAAGCCCGGUUCCAAAUAAAAAGCCUUCGCCGUGGCCAAUUGCAGUGCCUUCCCCAUAUAAGAAUAAUUUAAAAUCUACUCAAAAGAAUCAGAAAAAUGCAUCCAAAUCCAAAAGAAACAGUGUUUCAACUACCCAACAACCAUUAAAAAGUCAAAAAACUAAAUCUAAAGUUUUGUCACAAUCAAUUUCACCUUCUAUAAACUCGAUUAGUGACGUAGUUUCAAAACCGACUUCAAUUAAUGUGGUAAGACCUAAAUUUGGACCCAAACAGACUGCGAAAGUUACUCCUCUUUCACAAUCUCUAGUCCAAGACGAUAGUUUGUCUGAUGAAUACACCGAAGAAGAAACUCUAGAAAAUAUCGACUUACGAACCUCUUGACGAUCUAUCAAAGCCAGGAAACGAAUCUACUACACAUGAUACCACGGUAUUGAAAAAUAAUUCUACCUAUAAUUCAACGAAAGAUGUGGACCCUAAUUUAGAUCUUCUAAGGAUAUUAACAGAUGACCCUGAUGAUACGCCUCCUUCAAAACCUGUUGAAUCUCAAGAAAAGGACAUGCAGACAAGUAAAAUUUCAAAUAGCGAAAACCUGCAUACGGAUAGCGAGAAAUCUUCAGACCCAUUGGAUACCAGUGAAUCUACUUUAGAAGAGUCACCUACUGUGAGAACCAUAUAUGACCUCAUGAAUGAGGUUUCCCUGCAGUAUCCAAGUUGGAAUCUUCACAUAAUACCAGAAACUAACGCCUUCUGUAUUGCACAAGUUACGAAAGGCCGUCUAGGACUUCCAACGUUGAAAAAGUGCAUUGAAUUAGAUCCUAAUGAUUAUAACGCUAAAGUGUACAUACAUCAAUAUCAUAUUAAAAGAUUUGAUGGGAUAUAUGACAGUGAAGAAAGUAUAAUUGCUCUAAUACAGGAAAUUAAUUCUAUUAAAGCUUAAAAGUAAGUUGCAUAUACUGAGUUAAUUUGUGAACGUUCAGAUUCAUCACUUUCAAUGAAAUUAGUUACCAACAUUGUUCAGUGUAAAUCUAAAAUAUUUCCAAGUUUGUUUUUUAUUAUUAGUCAAUUAAUGGCUCUGUUUAAGUAUUGGUAUAACACGUACAUUUCCUAUCAAGUACAUUUUAAACACACAAAACAUGGUCAAAUGUUUGGAAAACACACAAAACAUUGAUUUCUUCACAAAAACAGAAUGUUAUAAUAACGAAAGAGGGAAUUGAGUUAUGAAGGGGAUUAAAAUUGAUUGCAUUUUAGUUUUAAUUGCUAUUUGGAUGAGGCCACAAAUCUCCUAGAUUUGUUUUUAUUUUACACAGAUACGACAUAAUAAAACAAAACGUCCAAGAAAGCAGUUGGAUAGUAUUAAAAUAUUAUAUUUUAGUAAAUAUAAUUCUGCCUUUUCAAAAAUGAUUCAAAUAGGUUAUAGUUCUUUCAGUCAAUGGAAAACUUGACUUUAUAUGAGUGUAAUUAUUGCUUAGAAAAUCUAUAGAAUCCAACGAUUAAGUAAAUUUGUUAUCUAUACGUGAUUUCGAUGUUUUAAAAUGGCAAUACAAACUAAUUGGAAAAAUAAUUUGUUUUAUUGUGCUGUUGUUAAAAUAUGCCUGUCUACAUGACGUCUGAAGCUGUAUUUAAUUGGUUAUACAAAUAUUAUUGUAUUACGUUUUUAGAUGCAAUUCAGAUUAUAUAAAAACAAUCUUAUUCAAAUUUAACAUCUAAAUUUAGUAUAUAUUGUGUUGAACUAAAUAAGAGCUAGUUAUCUAAAUAUUAAAGGAAACGCUAGACGAGACCUGGUCAAGGUUGCAGUUAAAUUAUCUUUUAUAAAAAUUAACUCUGAAAACGUACUAAGUACUGUACACUCUAAUGUUUAUUAUACAUUCAUAAAGUCAAUAUUGUUAUCAAGAAAUAUAAUUUUUCAAAAUUAGAAGAGCGUGUUUUGACUGUGCUGUACAAUCAUAAUUAGAUCGUAGUGAUCAUUAAAAAUUAAGGGAUUUAACAUAUACAAAAUGAUAUUUGUACUUUACAUGCAGUGUAGUAAAUACCUUUUGUAUGUGAUAUGGCUCUAUCAUAUCCGUUGAUGAGAAUCAUGUAAUGGACGAAAACAAUAUGACAAAACUACCAACUGAUUUAUAGAAAAUGUAAGUGAAAUUUAAAUAGCAAUUUAAUGUUGAGUGCAAACUUUAUUGAGAAUAGUAUUUUGUUAUUAGAUUACAAUAUGCAAUGUUAUACUAUUUUUACAAAAUAUCUUAAAAUACUUUUAGAAAUAAUUUUUAUAAUAUAGGUAUACUUCAACUCUAAAAAUACUUUACACAUAAUAAGUCAUUAAUUUCAUUUCUACGACCUUUUUAAGCUUGCAGAUUAUGUAGUAAUAGAAAAAUGUAAUAAUUUGUGUGUAAAGAAAUAACUUUGCGCUGCUUACGAAAGUUUCCUUCUAGCGUGAAUACAAAGAACUGUACACAUAUUAUACGCUAUGUUAGCAAGAACUUUUUAUUUUACAUAAAAUUUCUGAUUUUUCGUGGCAUGUGUGAUUUGAAUAAGUGCAUUGUAUAUGAGCUGUUGGUUUUAAUUCAAACUGUUUUUGGAUUUGUUUAACCUGCGACAUUAAAUUGCAAGAUAUUCUGCUUAAAAGGGUUUGUUGUUAACUGUUCAUUUUUAAAGUAUUGUUUAUAAAGAUUUAGCUUACAAUUUGAUAUACAAUUGUAAAAAGGAAGAGGGAGUGGUAUUUGUAUAUUUUAUUACCUACUUUAAAUUAGUUCAUUGAUUAUAAAAAUUACUAAAGUUUACUUACUAUGGAUAAAUAUAUUUAUUUACUAUAAUGUAUAAUAUACGAAUUUUAGUUUCA